UAUGGCUGAUCAUCACGGGACGGGACGGUGCUGUUUGUGAGCGAAAGUAAGGCCAAAUAAUGCGUUAUCACAGGUCAACAAUGCACUUACUCAGGCGACGGGACACUGCGACAAACUGUCUGACACUGGGAUAAAGAUUUAUCCGGCAAGUGAAAGGCUAUCUGGUGUGUUUUACGGCAAAGUAGUUGGAGGGGAACUUGUCGCAGUGGAUUGAUCCCAGCGUGCUGCUGCCUGGAUUACCAUACACAAGUGGAACAAUAGUCUCCUGCAGCAGAAACACUAUCAGGCCCGUGGGCCCUGGUGUUGCGGUUGAGAAGAUGGACAGGAUGAAGAUAAUCAAGCGGAGGCUGUCCAUGUCUCUACGCAGCGCUCGGCCCGUUGACGACUCCCUGUCUGAGCUGGCAGAACAGAUGGCUUUGGAUGAGCCAUCCGCAGCCAGGGACAAUGAGCCCAUGGUGGUGUGUGCCGUCCACCCUCCCGCCUCCCACAGUGCUCCCUCCUUCCUGCGUCAAUAUGCCGGUCAUCUGGGCCGCACUGCCCUGCGCAGAGAGCCGGGUGGGGGGCUGGAAAGAGACAGAGCCUACCUGAGCCUGCACAGGACUGGAUCUCUGGGUAUUGUCCAUGAGAAUGUGAAGAUGGGUUCAGAUGGGGAGAGUGACCAGGCAUCUGGAACAUCUUCUGAUGAGGUCCAAAGUCCUGUCAGGGUCCGCAUGAGGAACAACCACCAUCGGCGCAUCUCUAAUGAGGACAUAAACAAACGUUUGUCUCUCCCAGCUGAUAUCAGGCUACCGGAGGGCUACUUGGAGAAGUUUGCCAUGAACAGCCCACCCUUUGACAAACCCAUGAGCCGCAGGCUACGACGUGCUUCAUUGUCUGAAAUUGGCUUUGGGAAACUCGAGACCUACAUCAAACUGGACAAAUUAGGGGAGGGGACUUACGCUACAGUUUUUAAGGGACGAAGCAAAUUAACAGACAACUUAGUAGCGCUGAAAGAGAUCCGGCUGGAGCAUGAAGAGGGUGCACCCUGCACAGCUAUCCGCGAAGUGUCUCUACUGAAAGACUUGAAGCACGCUAAUAUUGUCACUCUCCAUGACAUAAUCCACACUGACAAGUGCCUGACGCUCGUGUUUGAGUAUCUGGAAAAAGAUCUGAAGCAGUACAUGGAUGACUGUGGGAGCAUCAUGAGUGUACACAAUGUCAAGAUCUUCCUGUUCCAGCUGUUACGAGGUCUGGCAUACUGCCACAGAAGGAAGGUGCUCCACAGAGACCUUAAACCCCAGAACCUGCUCAUCAAUGAAAAAGGAGAGCUGAAACUGGCAGACUUUGGUUUGGCACGAGCCAAGUCUGUCCCUACGAAGACCUACUCAAAUGAAGUUGUAACAUUAUGGUACCGACCACCAGAUGUGCUUCUAGGCUCCACUGAAUAUUCGACACCCAUAGACAUGUGGGGUGUGGGCUGUAUCUUCUAUGAAAUGAUCACAGGCAGACCUCUCUUCCCUGGAUCGACUGUGGAGGAUGAGCUUCACCUCAUAUUCCGCAUCCUUGGUACGCCUACAGAAGAGAGUUGGCCUGGUAUCACCACCAGUGAAGAGUUUAAGACAUACAAUUUCCCUCGAUACCAUGCAGAGCCCCUUGUCAACCACGCACCCAGGAUAGACAACGAUGGUCAUGACUUGCUCUCCGUGCUUCUGCAGUUUGAGGCUAAGAAGCGUGUAUCAGCCGAGGAUGCUCUCAGACACACGUAUUUCAGAAGUCUUGGGGACCAGGUUCAAACACUGGCUGACACUGCAUCCAUCUUCUCCAUAAAAGGCAUUCAGCUCCAGAAAGAUCCAGGGAAGAGAUCCUCAGUCUACCCGGAGUCAACGAUGGCCCAUAAGCUAGGCUCUGCACCUUCGCAGUACUUCCAGAGAGAAGCAGCCAAUCCCAGGGCUCAGAGUCACACUCUCUCCUCCAAUUCCACUGGCUGAGUGGCCCCUACCGUCCUGGUAAAUACGGUCUCUUUCAUUCUGUCUGUCUUCUGUUCAGUUCCCAUUCUCUUUUUUUCUGUUUGGCUGUCACCUGGCCUCUUUUCUUCUAUCUAUUAGCACCUUGCCUUUGUUGCAAUCCCACUAUAUAUAGUGGGAUUGUCUCUCCUGGUUGCUGAACUGGACAACAUGUGGUUGCAUUUCUCAUCCCCUCCUCUUGCGUUCCCUGAACCAAAACGACAUAUUAUUACCUCACUUGUUUGAAGGUAUACAAUUUAAUCCUUUCUAUUGUUUUUUUUCUUUGUCAACUCUUCUUCCCAUUUUUGCUCCUUUGGGCAGCUUUAUCUCACAUUUCAAGCCCUGGGCCCACAUGCAUCAUCUCAGCUUUCACUUACCUAAUCCUGUUUUUCUCAGAGCAAGCCUCUCCCAGUGUUUUUUUUCAGGGGAUGAAAGGGGCAACAAUAUUUUCAUUUUCAUAAAAGAAAAGAAUGGGAUCAGAGAAUGGGGAGUCAUUUGAUUCUUUUUAUUUGCAGUCCUGUUUAGGUUUCUCCAGCGAGAGAUGUAGCCUGUAAGUGAAGGGUGAAGUGAGGGUGUAGCGUGUGUUUGUUUUUUGUUUUUUUUUAUUAGCAUGGAUAUGAUUGUGGUUUUAAUGCAGUUGUUUUAAAGUUACUGGUAAGUAUUGUUUAGCUUAAGUGACAUGAUAUGUGCUGUAUUACAGGUUAUAGAAAUAAAGUACUGGCAUUGAUAAUAACACAGUUACACUAUGUGGCCAAUCUUAUUAUUUUUGGUCCAGGGAUUUAAGAAAAUUUCACCUUUGUGCCAUAAGUUUG